ACGGCGGCGGCGGCACCGGCACCCGCUUGGAGGGAGGAGGAGGAGCGGGAAGAGGGCGAGUGAUCUAUCCAGAGAAGGAAGAUGGUGGAGCAAGCGGCGUGGUUCCCUCGUCAGGCAGCAACCGGCCCCGUCAACCCGCAGCAGCGCAGAGAUUCCUCCGGGCCCCGAGUCGCCUCCUGAUAACCGCCCAGCCCGGCCAUGCCCCGCUCACGCCGGGGCGACGGAGCCCGCCGGGGCGGCCGAGGAGCUCACCGGAUUGCAAAGAUGGAGUCUCAGGCCAGUGAUGAUGAGGCAGCCAGUGAUGUGCUGAGUCACUAUAGCAGCGCCAGUGAGACGACCAGUGUGACUGAAGAAGUGACAGGAGGUGAAGCAGUGGAUGAGCAGGCGCAGCAAGAGGAGGUGGAAGAUAAACUGAAGGAGUGCAUUGACAAUGUGAUGGACAAGAGUGCCAAGACACGGCAGGUUGCUCUAGAGAGCCUGCGACUGGCCUUCUCCUCCAAGACGCUCUUUGACUUCCUGUUGGAACGCAGGCUCACCGUCACGGACUCCUUAGAGAAGUGCCUGAAGAAAGGUAAAGGGGAGGAGCAGUCCCUUGCUGCUACUGUCCUUACACUACUGUGCCUUCAGAUGGGCUCGGGGCCCGAGGGGGAGGAGGUGUUCCGCAGCCUGAAGCCCCUCCUCACCACCAUCCUCACAGACUCCUCGGCCAGCCCAGUUGCUCGGCAAAGUUGUGCCACUGCUCUUGGGAUGUGCUGCUACAUCGCUGCUGCAGACAUGGAGGACUUGGUUUCCUGUCUUGCCUGCCUAGAAGGCAUCUUUGGCAGUUCCUGCAGCACGGAUGCCAGCUUGGUGCCCUCUCAUCACAGUCCUCUGCUCCAGACCUUGCAUUGCAAUGCACUCCAGUCAUGGUCUCUGCUCCUCACCAUCUGCCCAAGCACCCAGAUCAAGAAGAUCCUGGACAAUCACUUACCCAAGUUGCCUCUGAUGCUGUCCAGUGAUAACGUCAACCUUCGGAUUGUGGCAGGGGAAACGAUUGCACUGCUCUUUGAACUGGCUCGAGACAUGGAGGAGGAUUUCUUUUAUGAAGACACUGACCUGCUCUGCACAAAACUGAAAGCCCUGGCCACAGACAGCAACAAGUACAGAGCCAAGACCGACCGGCGCAAGCAGCGCUCCAUCUUCCGCGAUGUGCUGCAUUUCAUUGAGAAUGGGGAGUGCCAUGAGGAGACUAUCAAGUUUGGACUGGAGUGUAUGUAUGUGGACAGCUGGGCAAGGAGGAGAACAUACAAUGCCUUCAAAGAGGCUCUUGGCUCUGGGGUCAGGCACCACCUUCAGAACAACGAGCUCCUGCGUGAGAUAUUUGAGCUGGGCCCCCCGCUAGUGCUGGAUGCUGCGGCUAUUAAAGCCAGCAAGAUAUCACGUUUUGAGAAGCACCUCUACAACUCGGCUGCUUUCAAGGCCCGGACGAAAGCAAGGAGCCGUGUUCGAGAUAAGCGAGCCGACGUCCUUUGAGGGAGGCUUGUUUCCUCCUCCUCCUCUUGCUGCUGCUGCUGCCGCCUUCCAUUCAAGCCAAUGCGCUACAGACCUGGAACACUGUGAACCUUGUGGGUGGAGGGAGAGCCUGUGGCAAAGGAGCCCUCUUGCCUUCGCUCUUUACGAAAGCUGGGCUUGUGCCAUGCCCCCCUCUGCUCCCCCACCAUUGUCUGGGGGCUUUUAUAUAUGUACAGAAUAAUAUUUAAAUGUCUCGAAUGUUUGAAUCGUGGCGGGGUGGCAAUGGGCAGGUGCCAUUUUUAUUUUUUUAACCAAAAAAAAAAAAAUCUAAGCGAGGUUGGGAAGUGGGGAGGCUUGUUUUUCCUCCCCUCUGCUUUUUUAAGCCAGUGAUUCUUUUUUUAAAAAGCCCCAUCUUUCCCCCUGUCUCUGAUGCUGAACACAUCCUGCAGUUGCCGUUGCAGUGUGCGCAGUGAAAUCAAGCACUAGAUCUUCCCACCCCCUUCCGCGGUGAGAACUUCCAGUGAGAUACCCAGUGCAGGAGGCUGGCUUAGUUGUAAGGCUAAAGACUGCAGUUGUCCAGGAUGGAGGGUGGCGAAAGUACUGGCUUGAGGUUUGGUGCCUUGGGUUCUUCCCCUCCGGUGUUGAAGAUACUUUGCCUUUGGGUUGAAUGAAAUGUACACUAGAAAUCAGUGUGGUUGUUUAUUAAAGGCUGGGCUGACAGCACCAUGAAAGGGGCUGUACCUCUUCUCUGCUCAUGCAGCUGCUAUUUUCCGCAGCCUCUCUCUGACACCCUGCCCAUCACUGUCUUUAACUCUGUUCUCUCACGUGAUUAUAACGCUCAGUUUUGCUCCGCACUUGCAUGGCUGCUGCUUCUCUUUUCUUCUUCUUUGAUGGCAGAAUGAAAAGCCUCAGGGCAAAGAAAGGGCCCGUCCUCUGGCCAUCCUGGCAAAGCUCCUCCUCAUAGUGGGGCAUGUUCCCCUGUUGUAGGAGAAGGGUCCUGUGGCUUAUUUGGCUGGUGUAAAGUUGGUGUGCGGUGCUUUGCUCUGCUCAGUGGGCCCUCCUGUCUUCAGAAAGCUGGAUUCUGUAAGCAUAUAUUGCAUAAUUUAUUUUAAGGCUGCUAUGUGGUGGUGGUGGUGAGCUAUACAGGGGUCCCAUUACUUUGACAGCUGCAAUUCUUGCUAUCCCUCAUCAUUUUUUGCAAAGCAUGGUCUACGUGCUUCCUCUUUUGUGCAGCUGUAAAGACUGAUAUCCAGAUUAAUAUAUAAGAGGAGUGAUCUGGACCA